AUGUCGUGGUGUUGGGUUGCAACAACAAUAGGCAUUGUAUAUAGUCUUUCCACUUUUGUUCAAGGUACCUCGAGUUUUGUCAUUGACAUGCCUCGUCUGCAACCUGAUCCCAGUCAGCCCACUAUGCAAACUCCCUCCUUCUACAGAUUUGUCUUCUCAAGUCAACUUCGAUUUCUGUGGGCCAAGGAGGAGGAGGGCGGGCCAUGGAAAUUGCAGGGAACACCAUCACCGCAUGGUCUAACUGUGAAGCUGCGCCAGAGAAGUUUACCCCAGCUUCAUUCAUCGCCUACCUCCGCUUCGGAUGACGUGGAUGACAGCAUCCAAUCGAGUACCCUGGACGAGAGCGAUCUCAUUCGGAGGACAGCGACACAGAUAGGUCUGCUUCGGUUCGAGCGGGUGAUGAGGGCUUCAAAUCGUCCACCUCAGUCAGUUGUGGAGUCAUUCACACAUUUGCCUACAUCCUUACCACACAUAGGCGAUGUGGAGGAUGAUCACGAGGUUAAAGACGCCGAGGAGCCCAACGUUAUCAAGGUUCGAGUGGCCAGCAUUGAUUGGUCCAAAGGCAUGGCCAACACAACUCGACUACCAGACGACACUGGACGUCUGGUUCGACUUCCUAUUCCCGAGACGCUUCCAAAUCCCAAUAGUAUGCACAUUUUUGUGCAAUUUCAAGUAAGCAACGUUUAA